UUGCAUUGUCAAGCUGAUUUGACUGCCCACUCCAAAAGCAGCUUCACCGUUCAUGGAGUCCCCUCUCCACCGGCAGGCAGGGUGACGAGCUCGGUGUUCAGCUUCCCCAAGCGACCAUUUUGGGAGCGAAUCUGCCAUCUCCUCUCCUCUGGGUCUCUUGAAUUCAAUGCCCCACUUCUCUUCCUCUUCCCUGUAAUGCUCAAAUUCUCUUUCUCCCGUGAAUGCGACACGAAACUACUAUGUAUGAAUCGUUUUGAAGGGGCCCUGGGCUGUGACUUUCAGGACCAGAUAUCUUCUUAAACUUAAAGUAGUGAACUGGGGACUUCACUGACGAGUUAGAGCCACAUCCGUUGUGCUGUUGAACUUUGUCAACUGUCUUCAGACCAAGGCAAGCCAAGACUGCCGAUAUCUGGAGACGAACCAAAAACUGUAUUGUCUUUUUCACGCUCUCAAUAAUGAAUGAGGGACUUGAGCUUCUCUUUGGGUUCUUAAUGUACGAGUUAUCUCACAGUGGUUUCCAUCGCGGUUUGCUUCGGUGAAUAUUAUAAACAGUCAAGCCAUCGUAAUUAGUUGAGAAAGAUGGUGCUUGCUAAAAGUUUCCCUGUCUUGUCAUUUAUCACGAAAUCAGAGAUCCCAUUUCUAUUAAAACAUCAGAAAAGAUUCUUGCCCCUGCUUUGUUGUCCUAGUUCCUUCAUCACGAGAACUGUUAAAAAUUAUUCUUUCAAUCUGCAUUCUAUGAAGAGAAUAAACCGCCUUUCCACCUCAGCAAUCCUUAAUUCCUCGGCACCACUUCAUCAGACCUCUGGUGAAAAGCUCUCCAGGAAAGCAAAGAAGAAAGAACAUAUGGAAUUACCUGAGUCGUUGCUCAAGUACAAGCUAGAUAUGUGCUCGAGACAUGGAAAACUUGUUGAAGCUCUUCAACUUUAUGAUGAGGCUCGGGAAAAUGGGGUUCCACUUUCACAAUACCAUUACAAUGUGAUGCUUUAUUUGUGCUCUUCUGCUGGAAGUGGUUCACUUGGACAAGAUGGCAGUGAAAAUGACGAGAAUCUAAAAGAUUUGGGUAUGAGGAGGGGAUUUGAAAUAUUUCAGCAGAUGGCCAUUGAUAAUGUUGCCCCAAAUGAAGCAACAUUUACCAAUGCUGCAAGGUUAGCCACUGCUAGGGAAGACCCUGAAAUGGCUUUUGAUUUGGUUAAAAAGAUGAAGAAUUUUGGUAUUCCACCACGCUUGAGGUCCUAUGGACCUGCCUUGUUUGGGUUCUGCACUAAGGGAAAUGCUGAUAAAGCUUAUGAGGUAGAUGAACACAUGGUUGAUUCUGGAGUUUUGGCUGAAGAGUCUGAGCUGUCAGCACUUCUGAAAGUUAGUGUGGAUGCAAAGAAGGCUGACAAGGUGUAUGAGUUGCUGCACCGAAUACGUGCUACUGUGAGGCAGGUUUCUGAAUCAUCUGCUCAAAUUGUUGAGGAUUGGUUCAAAUCUAAUUUUGCUGCUAGUGUUGGCGUAGAAAGUUGGGAUGUUAACAAGAUUAAGGAAGGAGUAGUAAAGGGAGGAGGAGGUUGGCAUGGACAAGGGUGGCUUGGCUCUGGUAACUGGAGGAUUCGAAGGACUCAAAUGGACAAGAAAGGUGUGUGUCAAUCCUGUGGUGAGAAGCUUGUUUGUAUUGAUAUUGAUCCAAAGGAGACAGAAAACUUUGCCAGCUCUUUGACCAAACUAGCUUGCGAAAAAGAAGCUAAGACUGGUUUUGCAAAAUUCCAGGCUUGGCUUCAGAAGCAUGGACCUUUUGAUGCUGUCAUAGAUGGUGCAAAUGUGGGUCUUGUCAACCAGCAUCAUUUCAAUUUUUUCCAGGUCAACUUUGUUAUGAACAAGUUACGGGAGAUGAGCCCAUCAAAGAGAUUCCCUCUACUUAUAUUGCAUAAAAGGCGUGUGCAUGGAAAACCUGAUAAAGAUCCUAGACACAAAAAAUUGUUGGAGACAUGGGAGAAGUCUGGUGCACUAUAUGCAACUCCCCUAGGCUCAGAUGAUGAUUGGUACUGGUUGUAUGCUGCUGUCCAUUGUAACUGUUUGCUUGUCACCAAUGAUGAGAUGAGGGAUCACCUAUUUCAGUUGCUUGGAUCUAGCUUUUUCCCAAGAUGGAAAGAAAAGCAUCAGGUUCGGAUAUCAGUCUCAAAACGCAGUAUUCAACUUCACAUGCCUCCGCCUUAUUCAAUUGUCAUUCAGGAGUCGGAAACUGGUAGUUGGCAUGUGCCAACAGUCACAGGUGACGAUUUAGAGACGCCGAGGCAAUGGUUGUGCGCUACCAGAUCCAAAAAUGUGUCAAGCUCACUCUCAAACAUAUUCUGAUAUCCUAAUCUGUAUCAUGCCAUUAUUCAUUCUUCCGCACAUUAAAAUCCAUGUCAUUCCAUGGACAUUGUUUGAUGUUUGGCGAGUUUAUAUUAGUCUAUAUUUAGUAUGUCCAUCGAUUUAAGUA